AUGGCCGACACUGGUGGUUGGAGCACCAUCGAGUCCGACGAGGGUGUUUUCACCUCCCUCAUCGAGACACUGGGUGUGCAAGAUAUCCAAUUUGAGGAAUUGAUUUCUCUUGAUGCAGACACAAUACGGUCCCUUGGUCACGUCUACGGCGUCAUCUUCCUUUUCAAAUGGACCCGCGAAGCAGCAGGCGCCCGCGCCGAAGCCCCGAUUGACGGAUCAUACGACACAACGGCCACAGAGAACAACGUCUUCUUCGCAGCACAAACAAUCCAAAACGCCUGUGGCACACAAGCCAUUCUCUCCGUAAUUCUAAACCACGAUAACCCACCUGCACCACUCCCAGCGAUCUCCCUGGGCUCUGAACUCAGCUCCUUCAAAGACUUCACAACAGGCUUUCCCUCGGAACUCCGUGGUGAAGCCCUCUCAAACUCAGAGGCCAUCCGCUCAGCACAUAAUACCUUUGCGCGCGCGAGUCCCUUUGCCGAUGAAACUGCCAGACCUCAAGAUGAAGAGAACGCAGCGGAUGUUUACCAUUUCAUUGCGUAUACCUCUGUGAAUGGAACUCUGUAUGAACUUGAUGGACUCCAGCCUCAUCCUAUUAGUCAUGGACCCUGUGAUAAUACUUCAUUCCCUGAGACGGUUAUUGAGGUUCUACGGAAGAGAAUUGCGAGAUAUCCGCCCGAGGAAACACAUUUCAAUCUUAUGGCUGUGGUUCGGGAUCCGAGGAUUCGCGCAAAGGAGAUUGGGGAUGUGGAGACCCUGGAAAGAGAGCAGAGGAAGAGAGCUGCAUGGCAGUGGGAGAAUACUUUGCGUAGAUGGAAUUUUGUGGGCUUUAUUGGGGAGAUGAUGAAGGGAGUUGUUGGUAUGAAGGAGGGUCAGGAUGCCGAGGGGAUGGCUUAUACCGAGUGGGUUGAUGCGGCGAAGAAAGAGACAAGGAAGAAAUUGGAGAUGAGGCGGUGA